UCGCCUUGCAAAUAUUUCCUUGUAAGUAGUCGGCUACGAAAGUAAGGCUGUUGAUUUGUAAUUAUUUGUAUCACUUAGUUUGUUCUUUUCUGUCAUUAAUGUCUAAUGAACAUUAUCUAAAUGUGUUGUUUUAUUAAUGUCCUCACAUUUCUAUAUUUUUUCACUUCUAACUACACCAAAUAGUGAAGAAAAAUAUUAGAAAACACACUGACACCUGUUAUGUCACCAUGCAGCUUGCAAAACUACAAACUUGAGAUGGUGCUUGGCUUUAUGCUAUGAGACGUAGUGGUUAAAGUAUGAGAGAAUGGGUGGGAUGCAGAGGUUUUUGUCACCAAUAAUGCACUAAUGAAGGAUGGCAUUAUCAAGAAGAUAUGCAACGUCAAUUAUAUAACCUUGAAGUCGUUUGUGAAAUUAUAAGCAAAGGAUUUCAAUUUGCAUUUAAGGGCAACAGACAGCAUUAUGGCUGAGGCUGAGACGUGUAAAAGUGAAAAUCAAGUUGAUGAAACACAAUCUGAAAAUAAAGAUACACCAUGUGAGACAGAGUUAGAUGUAACAAAGAAAUUGUAUACCUGUGAUGUGUGUUUACUGAUAUUCUCCGAUAUUGGAAGUUUGACUAAUCACAAACAUGUACACUCAGAGAAAAAACCAUAUCUGUGUAAUGCCUGUGGCAAAACAUUCUCACGGAAGACUAACUUAACCCGUCACAAACAUAUACACAUAAGAGAAAAACCAUGCCACUGUGAUAUCUGUGGUAAAUCAUUCUCAUCGACUGAAAAUUUAUCUUCUCAUAAAAGUACUCAUUCAGUUAAGAGACCACACCAGUGUAAUGUCUGUGGUAAGCGGUUUCCUAGAGGAGCAACAUUAACUCGCCAUAAACGUAUUCACAAUGACAAGAAACCAUAUCAAUGUGACACUUGCGGUAAAACCUUCUCUCAGAAUGGGAAUUUAGCUUCUCAUAAACUUGUUCACUCGGGAGAGAAACGAUAUCAUUGUGAUAUUUGUAGUAAAACAUUCUCCCGGAGUGAAUAUUUGAAACGACACAUACGUGUUCACACAGGGGAAAAACCAUAUGAAUGUGAUAUCUGUGGCAAGGCGUUCUCUGGGAGUGCGAAUCUCACCUGUCAUAAACGUAGGCAUACAGGUGAGAAACCAUACCAUUGUGAUAUCUGUGGUAAAUCAUUCUCGACAAGUGGAACCUUAUCUUGUCAUAAAAGUAGGCAUACAGGUGAGAAAUCAUAUCAGUGUGAUAUCUGCGGUAAAACAUUCUCUCAAAAUGGACUGUUAGUUAAUCACCGGAGCGUUCACACACGUGAGAAACCGUACUACUGUGACAUCUGCGGUAAAAGAUAUUCUGUAAAAGGAGAUUUAACACGUCACAGUCGGGUUCAUACUGAUAAGAAAUCUAACCAGGGUGAUAAAAUCUGUGAUAAAAAGAUCACUGUCGGUGAAAAUAUAAUCUCUCCUGAACUGAUUGAGAUAGAGAAACCACAUCAGUGUGAUAUCUGUGGUAGAAGGUUUUCAGAGAAUAGAUAUUUAAUUAUGCACAAGCAUAUUCAUACAGGUGAGAAACCAUAUCAGAGUAAUGAUGUCUGUGAUAGAAAGAUAAAUGAAAAUGAAAACUUAAAUUCGCACUCGGAGAGAUCAUACGAGUGUAAUAUCUGUGGUAAGAUAUUUGCACAGAAGAGAUAUUUAAUUAGGCACAUACAUAUUCACACAGGUGAGAAACCAUACCACUGCGACACGUGUGGUAAAGCAUUCUCUCAAAAUGAGUACCUGACACUUCACAAACGUAUUCACACAGGAGAAAAACCAUAUGUGUGUGAUAUUUGUGGUAAAGCGUUCUCUACAAGUAAAAGUGCAACUCGUCACAAGCGUAUUCACACAGGUGAGAAACCAUACCACUGUGAUGUCUGUGGUAAGACAUUCUCCGAAAGUUCAAAAUUAACUCGUCACAAAGAUACACAUACAGGUGUGAAGCCAUAUCACUGUAAUAUCUGUGGCAAAACCUUUUCAGUGAAAACAAAUUUAACUCGUCACAAUAAUAUACACAGAGGAGAAAAUGCUUGUCACUGUGAUGUGUGUGGUAAAACAUUUUCAACAACUGAAGAUUUGUCAUCUCAUAAAUCUAUUCAUUUAGACGAGAAACCAUAUCAUUGUGAUGUCUGUGGUAAAAUAUUUUCUGAAAGCAAAUCAUUAUCUAUCCAUAAAUGUAGCCACAUGGAUGAGUAAGCAUAAUACUGUGAUAUCAGUGGUAAAAUAAUUUAUCAAAGCAGGCAUUUAACUUAUCACACAUUUGAAAAACCAUAUCACACCACUGAUAUCAUUUAGUAAAAUGCUUCACCAAAUGAAUAUUUGAAAUACUCCAGAGAUAUUCAUAAAAGAAAAAAAGAAAAUUUGUGAAUGUUACACCAUGGAUAAAACAUUCUCUGGAAGGCAAAAAUCUUGUUAUGAACAUAUACUUCAUGUAAUAAAACCACCAUUGUGAUAUCUGUGAUAAAUCAUUUUUGAUAAAUUAAUUAAAGUAUGUUGUGUCAAAAAUGCACACUCAGGUGAGAAACCUCACCAGAGUGAUAUUAAUUAUUAACUGAAAGUCAACUAUUAACUCCUCAGGGUCUCUACUAACUUCAUGGAAUCUUUGCAUGGCUUCCAACUUCACACUGUUCAUACUUAACAAAACUCCCUAUAAAUUUUCCUUUCUUGUACUUCCUGUUUCACUAUCACAUAGAUACAAUCAUUCUAAAAUCACACUCUUCUGCUGUUGAUUCUGCUCUUUACUUCCUUAAAACUUGUGGAUACAGCAACAUCCGUGCAUAUCCUAAACAUCUACCAGGCUUGCAUUUCUCCAUGAACAAGCCUCUUAACCCUUUUGUUAACAUGUUUCUAUUAAACUACACUGCUUUUGUUUCAGUUAAUUUAAAGAAAAAAAAAAUGAAGAAUUUAGUAAAAUAAUUUUGUUAUUAAAACUUUUGUUUGGAACUUAAAUUUACCUAAAAUUUUGAUGUUUAGGUUUUAAUUUAGAUCACUUUAGAACAAGAAGCUUUUACAAGGUGUGACAAAAAAAAAACCUCCCAGAUUUAUCACUCUUGAUAAACAUUUUAACAGCACGCACACGGUGUGCACCAGUUCAAAUCAUAAUGGUAAUUGAAAGAAAAAAAAUGAUAAAACAUUAGCUACAUGAAGACACUAUCUGCCCAGUUUCACUAAUAGCAUGCCAUUGGCUGUAUAAAAAUAUGGGGGUCAUUCUGUUGCACCCUGUAUCAGAAAACCAAGGGAUAGUCUAAGGUGGCUGGUAUCAAAAGCGUUAAAUCGAGUUGUCUUAAUUUUAACUCUUUCAAUAGGGAUAUGACAAUUCAGUUUCUUUCAACAUCAUGAAGGCGCAUUUGUAAUCAUAAGUAAUACAUAAAAAAAAAAAUCACACAGCCCCCUCCUACAUUUCACAAUCUACAGUGAUCUCUCAUGACACAGCUUGCUGUAUUAAACAUGUUAC